AUGGAAGCCUGCUUUCUCACCUCAAACUCCUUCACCAAGACCUUGGAACUUAUCCCUUCAAUCAAAGCUAGAGUUCUCUCAUAUCCCAAGAGAAGUUCUAAUACAUUUCAGAGCAAAAGAGUUGCUCUCUCCACUUCCAUAACAUGUUGCCACAUGCGACCACCAUCACCAUCUGCUGAUGACUGUCGGCCUUUACUUGAAGCUGACUGGAGAUCGUUUAGAGCAAGAUUGGUUGCCAAUGAACAAGCACUGAGGCCCACUGAACCUUCCUCAACAGCAGACCCUGAUAUUGUUGUGGAUCAGCAGCCACCACAAAUCACAAUUGGGGACAAAUGGGCUCAUACCAUCCAUGAACCUGAGAAAGGUUGCCUGCUGAUUGCCACAGAAAAGCUUGACGGGGUCCACAUUUUCGAACGGACGGUCAUCCUUCUCUUGUCAAGUGGGCCAGCGAGCCCAUAUGGCAUCAUACUCAACCGGCCGUCCCUCAUGUCGAUCAAGGAAAUGAGAUCAACGGCGCUUGAUGUCGCGGGGGCGUUCUCCAAUAGGCCACUGUUCUUUGGCGGGCCAUUAGAGGAAGGGUUGUUUCUAGUCAGUCCAGAGAGGGGUUAUGAUAACGAUAGGGUGGCCAAGAGUGGGGUUUUCGAAGAAGUGAUGAAGGGAGUGUACUAUGGGACUAGGGAGAGUGCUGGUUGCGCAGCUGAAAUGGCGAGGAGGAAUGUAGUUGGGCUCGGCGAUUUCAGGUUCUUUGAUGGAUAUUGUGGGUGGGAGAAAGGGCAGUUGAAAGAGGAAAUACAAUCUGGUUAUUGGGCUAUAGCAGCUUGUAGCCCAAGUGUGAUUGGUCUUAACAAGGAAGGGACUGUUGGGCUUUGGGAGGAGGUUCUCUGGCUUAUGGGCCUAAAAAAUGUCUGCUGAGAGAACUUGUCUGAAUUGGGCAUAUAAGCUUGUAAAUGGGACUGCCAAGAUCACAAUAGGAUUAUUUUAUUUUAUUUUA